AUGCAGCGCAGACACCAGCUCAGCCCGGACGAGAAAACCCUAGUCUGCAACGUUUAUGAUUACUUCGUCGCUGAGGCGAAAGCAGGCAGAAGUGGAGGGCGGGACUCACGCCAACGAACUAAGGAGGUGACGCACUUUGGGAAGAAUACAAUCUUUCGAGUGCUGCGGGCCAGGAACUUCAAUCCAGACACCGAUUUCGUCGAGACAGCUCCAUCGACACGAGGUCGCAAGAAACUAUACAAUGAGAGUGACCUUAGCAUUAUCGUUCGCGAGUUUGUAACUAUGCAAAAUAAAGCAGCCAAGCCGGUGACAGCUCAGCUUAUCUGCGACCAUGUCGAAAGUGUCCUUGACAAGCGAAACAACGCGCGCACAAUGCGAGUUUGGCUAAACGACAUGGAUUUGCGAGACGUAGGGCUUGUAGGAAGCGAAGGGAGGAGUCACCACUGGGGGAAGAAGACCGGAGCGAAGACCACUUGA